AUGUUCGGAUUUGGGGCCUUCAUCGCUCCUCUUAUCGUCAAUCCCUUUUACGAAGAAGUCGACGAUCAAGUUUGUACUUCUGGCGAUGACGACCUCACUUGUGGAAUCGAUGACGACAAUGUGAUUCUAGUGCCAUUUUUAAUCGGAAUGGGGUGGAUGCUUUUCGCCUCUGCAGGAGUCCUCUGGCUCUAUUUUAUUGAUAUUGUGGAGAAGAUUUCUGUUGAUGAAGAAGUCGAGGUGAGAAAAAGGAAUGUGGAAGUUGAUCGACAUAAAAUUCCAAGGUUGAAACAAGAAAAGAAGAUUCACUGA